AGACACGGGUUCUCUCCAAAAAACAAAGAAGCAAUUGGAUUCAUCAAUUCCUCGUCCCCGAUCCCUUCGACUACGGUUUCGCCUUCCAAUUCCUCUCUGAACCGAAGAGAUGGGAAGCUACACGUUCCGAUGGCCUCACCACGCGAGUGAGGUGUUUGUGACCGGAACCUUUGAUGACUGGGGUAAGACCGUCCGACUCGAUCGAAAAGGCGAUAUCUUCGAGAAAGAGGUUCCGUUACCUGCGACAGAGGAGAAGUUGCAUUACAAGUUUGUUGUUGACGGCAUCUGGACAACCGACCACAGUGUUCCGGAAGAAGACGACGGUAACCAUAACAUCAACAACGUGCUUUAUCCCGAUCAGAUUCGGCAAAAAGACACCACCUCGAAGUUGCAAAACGGCACUGCAGUAAUGGCUGGCGUAGCCCCUGAUUCUACAACGGCUGCAUUGGCUGCCGAAGUCCCCAAAGAGUCUCGCAAGGAUAUCCUGAGCGAUACUGCCUUGUCGUCUGCCGCUCCUGGAUCGACUACAGCAGAGCUCGCCAAACAUGCCCCUCUCGAGCAGCGAGCGAAUGUCCCUGGGACGUUCCCAGCGACCCCACGAUCGGAGGUGGAACAGUUCUCGGUGAAUCCCAUUCCCGCCUCGAGUGGCAUGGGCAACCCAAUCAAACUAAAGCCAGGAGAGAAGGUGCCUGACCCGAGCACAUUCAACGACAACACAAUCCACUCUACCGCCCGGACAGACCAAGCCGGCUACGAACAGGAUGCCAGCCAUCCAUUGAAUGGGGGCCAGUCUAAAGAUACAAGCGCAUUUAAUCUUCCCCCGGUCUCGAAUAAUAUGAUCCCUGAAUCUAGCCUUCCCAUGGGCGAGGCCAGCCAGGGGACUUCCGACCCUGUCACUAUUCAGUCCGCAGCGCCGACAUCCACUACUGCAGCUCUUGCUGGUGCUGUUCCCCUUGAGUCUCACAAGAGACAGACCGAUAGUGGCACUGGCGCACCUGUGGGCGAUGUUCCGGAAAUGGUGAGGCACUCAAUGUCCGAGGCUCACGCAGAUCCUGAAGCAGCUGCUGUUCAGGAGGCUGUCGGAGAGAAGAAAGAGAUGGAGCAUGAACUUCAGCAGAAAGUCCCGAUUGAUGAAUCGAGAGGCACACCAGCGCCCACCACUGGUGUCACUGCCGCAGCCAUUGAAACUGCCCCCCAAGCCACCCUACCACAGCCUGAUUCGGCACAGCUAUCGCCGCGGGCGACAACUCCAACGAGGCCUGAAACGACUUCCGAAGCGGGCCCGACCGUUACGACUGGGCCUGAGACCACCAAGACAUCUGAGGUGUCGGGACCUGGCAGUGGCACAGCUGCCGCAACGGCUGGUGAUACCGGAGCGAGUGCGACCAAGACCGCCGAGCCGACACAUCCUCAGGAUACCGGCGUGGGGAAACCGAGUACUCCACCCAAGGACACGGAUCGCAAGGAUUCUGGAUCUUCGAGUGGUACCCCAUCUCAGAAGAAAAAGAGGAACCGCGCCAGUGCAUUCUUCCAUAAGCUCAAGGAGAAGCUCACCUGAGCUCAUACCCUGAUGGCCAACCGUACACUCUUGGCCCGUACCCUGGAACGAUUCGUUAUUAUUACAGUUACGAUCAUGAGCCGGCAGCCUGAAUAUUUCAAGACUGGUGGGCGGAGGUGUUGCUUGAUUCUUGGUCUGGAUGGAUACCUUUGUGUUUUGUUGUUUUGCCCGUAUGACUUUAUACCUACUCUGCUGUGCACAGUUAUUGUUACGAGUAAUAGUAUAAUUUAAGACUAGUGUUCAAGAUUGAUUGUCGUUCAUCGUACUAA